GUGGCAGACAGGCAUGAGAUGGUUAGGUCUGGCGGGUGGAGUGCGGCGGACGGGACAACCCUGCGCGCGAUAUGGGAUGAUAUCACGUCGCAAAAAAAAGUUUGGACGAGGAGCAGACUAAAAGUAAGCUGAUUCGACAGCAAAAAAAGCACAAUUCGGAGCGCGACAAGGGCUCAAAGCGGGUUUCGUUUCGCAGGCAGCAGAGAGGCGAUCAAAGGGCCUGGCUCACGCAACCGUCUGAGACAUGGAGCGCGCAGGUGGCGAGCGACUCUGUGCGGCAGUGUGUGCACACGUUGUCUGCGACCAGUUCGAGGGCCAACGAGACAAGGCGACACAGGGCGGCACGAUCCGGGUUUGCUCGCUCAGCUGGGUUGGGACUUGGGAGCACCGGGAUCAGGGCCUGGCUGGGGAAUGGAUGGAUGGGCCGUGGAUGGGCCGUGGCGCAUCAAGCGACAAUGAUUUCCACAGGCCGGGGCUGUUUCGUUUCGUUAAUUUCCCCAACGCCCAGGUCGCCAAUCGAAGACGGCCGUCGCAGGGCUUGGGCGCGCGCGGUGGAUGUGCGGCGAAAAUACAAUUGAAUGGUGAGCGAGUCUCAGGUUAACGCGCAGUGACGAUGGAAUAUCGCAGGCCAAGCGGAACAAAAAGAAAAG